AUGGGACUUGGUAAAACUCUUCAAACGAUUUCGUUCUUGGGUUAUCUCCGUUUUAUCAAGCACAUCAACGGCCCACACAUUGUGAUUACACCAAAGUCGACGUUGGACAACUGGGCCAGAGAGUUCAACCGUUGGAUUCCAGAUAUGAAGGUGUUGGUUAUUCAAGGAGACAAAGACCAAAGGCAGGAACUUCUUCGUGAGCAGGUGUUGACGUGUAAGUUUGAUGUCAUCAUCGCAUCGUACGAGAUAGUCAUUCGGGAGAAAUCUACGUUCAAAAAGUUCGACUGGGAGUACAUCAUCAUCGACGAAGCCCAUAGAAUCAAAAACGAAGAGUCAUUAUUGUCUCAGAUUAUUCGGAUGUUCCAUUCGAAGAAUCGUCUCUUAAUUACCGGGACUCCUUUACAAAACAACUUGCGAGAGUUGUGGGCUCUUUUGAAUUUCAUUCUUCCGGAUGUUUUCGCCGACAACGAGCUGUUCGACGAGUGGUUUCAGUCAGACGAAGACAAAAACGAUAGUGAAGACACCGUAGUUCUGCAGUUGCACAAGGUCUUGAAGCCCUUCUUACUCAGAAGAAUUAAGGCCGAUGUAGAGAAAUCGUUGUUGCCCAAACAGGAGUUGAAUGUCUACGUCAAGAUGAGCGAAAUGCAGCGAAAAUGGUACCAAAAGAUUUUGGAAAAAGACAUCGAUGCCGUCAACGGAGCCAACAAGAAAGAAAGCAAGACAAGAUUGUUGAACAUUGUGAUGCAGUUGAGAAAGUGCUGUAACCAUCCGUACUUGUUUGAAGGGGCAGAGCCAGGACCUCCUUACACGACUGAUGAGCAUUUGGUGUACAACUCACAAAAGAUGAUAAUUUUGGACCAGUUGUUGAGGAAGUUUCAAAAAGAAGGCUCCAGAGUGUUGAUCUUUUCACAGAUGAGCAGAAUGUUGGAUAUCUUGGAAGAUUACUGUUUUUUCCGUGAGUUCAAGUAUUGUAGAAUAGAUGGUCAAACUGAACAUGCAGAUAGAAUCAAUGCCAUCGACGAAUAUAACAAGCCUGGAAGUGACAGGUUCGUGUUCUUGUUGACUACCAGAGCAGGUGGUUUAGGUAUCAACUUGACAAGUGCUGAUAUUGUAGUUCUUUUCGAUUCGGAUUGGAAUCCACAGGCGGAUUUACAAGCGAUGGAUAGAGCUCACAGAAUUGGCCAAACAAAACAAGUCAAAGUAUUCAGAUUUGUCACAGAGAAUGCCAUCGAAGAGAAAGUAUUGGAAAGAGCCACCCAGAAACUUCGUUUGGACCAAUUGGUUAUCCAACAAGGCAGAAACACUGGAGGUUUGGAUGGCCAGCAAAGUUCCAAAUCAGCAUCGAAGAACGAGUUGUUAGACAUGAUCCAAUAUGGAGCAGCGGACAUGUUUGCAUCUAGCGAUUCAGCAAAUGGAGAAGUGGACAUUGAAGAUUUGUUGAAGCAUUCUGAGAGUAAAACAAAAGAAUUGACUGAGAAGUACGCUCAAUUGAAUUUGAAUGCAUUGCAGCAUUUCACCAAUGACGAGUCAGUGUAUGAAUGGAACGGAGAAAAUUUCAAGAAGAAGGAGCCCACUGCCAUAACCAACAUUGGCCAUGCCUGGAUAAAUCCUGGUAAAAGAGAACGUAAGGAAAACUACUCUAUAGACAUGUACUACAAAGACGUAUUGAACACUGGAGGUAGAGCAGCUUCUAGUGGAGCUUCCAAGUCUGGUCCCAGACCGCCAAAACAGUUGAUUAUUUAUGAUCACCAAUUCUAUCCUGCUAAGUUGUUGGAGUUGCAUGAGUUGGAAAAGAACUACUAUAAGAAACAGAUCAGAUACAAGGUUCCUUUGAAAGCUGGAGAUUCUCUGACAUUGAAAGAACGUGAGUUAGAACAGAAGUUGGAACAGGAAGAAAUCAACAAUUCUCGGGCUUUGACAGAAGAGGAAAGAGCUUUGAAAGAAGACUUGUUAACCCAAGGUUAUAGUAAUUGGAACCGAAGAGACUUUACGCACUUCAUUGCCGUCUGCACGAAAUAUGGGCGUAAUUCAAUUCCGUUGAUAGCUACGGAGUUUGAGGAUAAGUCCUUGGAAGAAGUCCGUGAAUAUGCAAAAGCCUUCUGGCUGAACUACGAGGAGAUCGAAGGCUACGAAAGGUACAUCUCGCAGAUCGAAGCUGGAGAGGAGAAAAUCUUGAAGAUCAAACUCCAGAAAGAAGCGUUGAGAAGAAAAUUGUCUCAGUACAAGUAUCCACUACAAGAAUUGGUAUUGAAAUUUCCACCUGCCACAACCAAUAAGAGGAUAUUCAGCGACGAAGAGGACCGCUUUUUACUUGUCCAAUUAUACAGAUAUGGAUUGGACACUCCUGACGUAUACGAGAGAAUAAAGGAAGCUAUACGAGACUCACCUUUGUUCCAGUUUGAUUUCUUUAUUCAGAGCAGAAACACUGCUGAAAUCGCAAGAAGAUGCCAGACAUUACUUGGAUGUGUUUUGAAGGAGAUUCAACCGAAUUCUGCAAAUGCCAAUGGUAGUGCUACUAAAAGAAAGAAGGAAGACACUCCUGACGUAGACAGUAAGAAAAAGAAACAACAAAAGAAGAAGUAG